GCUGUGGAGAUACAUUCUGAGAUAAAUAUCAAAUGAACAGCGGGAUUGGAUUAGACACUGUACCCUAGUGGACAUACUUUAACGUUUAACAUCUGUGCUCUGUUCUCGCCGGUAUCCAAUUCACUUCCUUCUAUCAGUUUACAUUUGAAGGCAUGGCGAGCAGGGAGCGAAUAGCUUACACCUGUGACACCGAGGCCAGUGGUAACAGCAGCGCUAUACACGCCAUGGAAAAGCAGACAUCCGUCAUAUGUACAACAAAUAUGGGGAUUUCGAGUGAAAAUAAUAACAAGCCGAUGCGAAAGAACAAGAGAAAAUCAACUGAACCCAGGAAAGCUGUGAGGCUGGAAAGCUUUCCCGUCAAACGAAGGAAGGAAGACGAUCAGUUAGGCGAGGAUGGUUACGACGUGUUUGGCGACGAUAUGUGCGAUGAUUAUGAAAACUACGCGGAGAGGGACCAUUCCACCUCAGUUCUAAGGAUGGACGAUGACGUACACGAGGGACAUAUUUCUCCCGAUUCUGGAAAACCGACUAGAUCGUACAAGAGCCUCAGCCGUGCGCGUCGCAUAGUGGCGAACGCUCGGGAACGCAACCGGGUUCACACGAUCAGUGCGGCUUUCGAGGGGCUACGCAAGGCAGUUCCAUCAUAUUCACAUAACCAGAAACUCUCAAAAUUGGCAAUAUUGCGUAUCGCUUGCAGCUAUAUCUUAGCCCUGGCUAGACUAGCAGAUCUGGACUACACGCAAGAGCGAGAUGGUAUGACAUUCGCUGAAUGUGUUGAACAGUGUACCAAUACGUUGCAAGCCGAGGGGAGAUCCCGUAGACGGAAGGAAAUCUGAACUUGAAGUUUGACUUUGCCGUUUAUUCUUCAAUCGAAGCAGAAUCGUCAUUAGUGUACAUGGGUAUAGAUGUAUGUUUGAUGAUUGUUGACGCGUUACUAUGGUAACAGUUUAGAUUUGCUAUUCAUCAAGUGGUGGUUGAAAUGUUGGUAGAAGACGGGCGAGCAGUUGGACGUUGGUGGCGUGGUUUGUGUUGCCCAGGGGCAUUGAUACUGUGUGCCUUGAGAACUGAAAUGGCGGAAGGAUCUAUACAGGGUGUUGUAAUGCAUAUCUCACCCUUCACGUGACUUGUGGAAAUAUCGAUUUAUUGAUUAUUAUUUUAUUGGUGUAAGGCUUGUAAUUCUCUAUAUCCCGAUUAGACAAACUGGAACGAUUACUUUCAGUGGCAGUAUUACAGAUGACACAAUAACACUCGAUAUACUAUGAACUUAUGGUUUAUUCUAUGAAUGCUAUAUUACUUAAAGCGUAGUGGUCGUCGCUCAGCGCGUGUUCGAAUUUCAUGUAAAUAAACAAUAUAUUUUACACGCGUUGUAUACGUCGCUAUGAGUCCCAUAUCGAACAGGACGCCGCACGUCGACUGUCCCCUUUAAAUGUCGGUGGUCCUCGCGACCGCGUGUUCACAAAUUAAGUGCAUUUUGUGCGUAUAUAAACAAUGGGUUGACUCGAAGCUCAAAGGUUAAAUACCGACUUUGACUCCUUAGUCAUCAUUCUAUGCGUUCCAAUUAUCUGCUAAAUUACUCAGUAACAUGUUUUGUUUUUGUACGCGGUGUUCUGUACGUCACAAUCUUUGUUAAUAUGGGGGGGGGGGGGGCUUAUCGUGCACAUGCGUUGUGCGACGACCACUGUCCUUUCAAAUGGUUAGAUAAACUUAUAACUUUGCGUAAACUAUAACUUUGUACUCCGACCAAACGUUUAGUCGCUACGUUUGUUUGUUUGUUUGUUUGUUUGUUUGUCUUGUUUUGAGGAAACGUUAGGGAUGUGAUUCCGAUUAUGAUCGUUACACUUUGCGGAUCUAUCAGACGAGGGCGCUAUCAUACAAAAUAUGUUGAUAGCGUCCGGAAGUUUCGAUCACUUUACUGAAUGAAUGAAUGUGAAGAUCUGUGUUCUGAAAUUAGGCAACCUUGGUAUUUACAAUGAAAUCGUCUCUGUCAAGAGUAGUUUCGGUUUAAUUCUUAUUUAUUGUAAGUAAUCAGCUCAAUAAACUUGCAUGUUUGCAAUGAAAA